AUGGCGGUCAACCUGUCGACCAUCAGUCUGCGGUCGAAGCAGUUGAUUGGGAAGUACUCGAAAUAUGACGUGGACCACACGAAGGAGCGCCUUCUGAACAGCGACGAUCCCUUCAUGAGCGAACUGCACAUGAUCCGGACGCAAAUCGACCACCUCAACCAGCGUGCGGUGGAGGUUUCGGCGGAGCAGAACCAGGCGGCCAAGGCCACGGGGUACGCGGAGCUGCGGCGCGCGAAGAACAACCUGACGACGAUCGAGGUCCCGCGCCUCCAGAAGCUCCUCAAGAAGGGCCGCGGCAUCACCCCGCAAAUGGUGCAGCAGCGCACCGUGCAAAUCUCGCAGCUCGUGCAGGAGAUCGGCAACAUCGCCGACGGCACCAACGCAGGACCGACGCCGCUCCGGCCGGUCCGGCCGCAGCAGGGCGCGCCGGGCCAGCCGUUCGGCAAGGGGCGGAAGCACGGCGACGUGACGAUCAACAUGGAGGGGGCGCAGGAGUACGACGCGGCGUACUACGAGGCGACGCCCGAGGCGAUGGAGUUCCGCGCGGAGUGGCACGCGUCGAAGAACCGGCAGGACAAGCACCUGGAGCGCAUCGGGCGCGGCGUGGACGAGCUGAAGGAGGUCGCGAAGGCGCAGGAGGACGCCCUGGCGCGCGGCAACCCCAUCUUGGACGCGCUGGACGAGCGGGUGGACGAGGCGCACUCGACGCUCAAGAACAACAACCGGCGGCUGAAGGAGGUGCUGGGGAGCGUGCGGAGCUCGCGGAACUUCUGCAUCGACGUGAUCCUCGUGUGUGUGCUGCUGGGGCUGGCGGCGUACAUCUACAACCUCAUCGCGUGA